AAUAUCGCAGGGGUUUAGGGUUUAAUCGGCUAUGGCGUGUCUCCUGCGAAUCCGCUGCGCUGCCGCGCUCUCUCCCCCACUGGCGGCGCCCCGGCAGCGGCAUUUCUUCGCGCUCACGGCCAGGCUCGCAUCGGCACAGUCCGCGGAGGCAUUUGGAUUGAAGCCGCUGCGAGCGGUGGUAACACGCAGCAUUGGAUCGGCGCGGCAGGCAAAGGCCGCGGCGCAGCCGGCAGAGGGCGAUUCCAGGCCCCAGUUCCCACGGCCUUCGUCGGUGGGCUAUGACAAGAGCCUCGCCAACACCAUCCAUUUGAUCGGCAGCGUGGGAGUGAAUCCCGACAUCAAGUACCUCGACAAUGGAACGAUCGUUGCUACCUCGAGCUUGAGCGUCAAGAAGGCUCCACAGGGCGAUCCAUCCUGGUUUUUCUUGGAGUUUCAAAACGAUCUAGCAGAGAUUGCUGCUCAACACGUUAGAAAAGGAGAUAGAAUCCACGUUGGUGGUCGUGUUCUAGUGGAGAAAAUGGAUCCGAAUACUGGCGAAGGGCCUCAAGUUCUUUGGAAGGUGGAAGUAUCAGACCUUCACUUCGUGGACGAUCUAUAUGGUUCUAAAGCCCAACCUUUACCAACAGCUACAGCCAUCAAACCAGGACCAACAGCAGAGAAAAAACUAGCCGCUGAGAAAUCGUGGAAGCUGUUCUUCUCCAGUCCCAGCGAUUGGUACGACAAUCGUGACAACAAGAGAAAUCCAAAGGCACCAGACUUUAAGCACAAGAGCAACGGUGAGGGGCUCUGGAUCGAUGGCUACUACACUCCUUCCUUCGUUACACAGCAAAUCGCCGAUCUGGAAGCUAAAGGAGUCCUAAAAAGCUCUAAACCAACACCGGCGAGCACUACCGCUGCUACCACCGAGGAAGAAUCAAGCGGAUAUAAUCCCUGGUAAAGAAGUAGCAAUGUAGAUAGUAAACUUCAAGGCCUUGCAAUCUUUUUUUGAGGAAAUAUUUGCACUUCACAUCAGUUGGUUC